CACGCUCCAAAAAAAGUCACAAAAACUGUUGGACGGGUCCAUAUGGAAACACGACACCUGCGGCUCACGUGCACAUUUUGUUGUCAACUCGUGCCCACCGAAUUUGGAUCCGAUUAUUCAAUGGGAUGAUAAUUGGUCCGCUGUUGUUCCUCCUCUUCCUCGCUCCUUUUCCCCCACCUGGGGAGGGGGGGAGGGGGGGAGGGAGGAGCUUCAGGUGUCGCCGGACCGCUCAAUCCCAGAAGAGUUGCGGAGAUUGACAGACGUGCGGGGGAAGACCCCCCCAAAAAAAAAGCAAAGACAAAGCGCAGGAAGAAAAAGAGGAAGAGUCAGAGGACCCCCGGUCAAGAACGCCCAAGUUGAAGUUUUGGGGUGGGGGUGGAGGGCCGAACCCAUGCGGCACCCGUGAGGAAAUCGUCGCACGUUAGCAGCCCUGCAGGGAUGGAAACGCAAUUGGAGGAGCUGCGGCAGCAGCUGGAGAAGCAAAGUCUCAUCAACCAGGAACUGCGCAGGCAGAAUCAGGAAUUGGAGCAACGUUUGCAAGAGAAAGAGAAAGCGCUGCAGGAGCUGCACGCUCAGUACCGCCACGACAUCGAGUUUCCGGCUCCGAGCGACGCCGAGCCGCAACCCGAGUUCCGGAAGAGUCGCGCGGCCGUCAUCGCGCCGGAACCCAUCCCGGAGACGGUGGACGUCCGCAAGGCCCGAGUGAAGAAAACCGACAGCGAGACGGAUCUCAUCGUCAAAGCCAUCCAGAAGAAUGACUUCCUGAGCCGGCUGGACGAUGAGCAGAUCGCCAUGAUGGUGGACCUCCUGGAGACCUCCGACGUCCGCCGGGGUGGCGAAGUCAUCCGAGAGGGCUCCGAGGGGGACAGCAUGUACAUCGUGGCAGGCGGAGAGCUCCUGGUCACCCAAGCGGGCCGCGACCUCCGAACCCUGACCAGCGGCGACAUUUUUGGAGAGCUGGCCAUCUUGUACAACUGCAAACGAACGGCCACGGUUAAAGCCAAGACGGAGGUGCGUCUGUGGCGCAUGGAGAGGCAGACCUACAGGACCAUCAUCACCAACAAGUCCAAGAAGAAACGGGAGCAGCUGCUGGGCUUCUUGAAGACCUCUCGCACGCUGAAGGACCUGAAUGACGUCCAGUUGUCCAAAAUCAUCGACUCCAUGGAGGAGGUCAAGUACCAGAACAAAGACGUGAUCGUCCGCGAGGGAGCCGAAGCCAACACCUUCUACAUCAUCUUGAAAGGGGAGGUGUUGGUGACGAAGAGCGUCAACGGACUUCAGAAGCAAAUUCGCCGGAUGGGCAAAGGCGAGCAUUUCGGGGAGCAGGCGCUCAUACGGGAAGUGUUGCGGACGGCCACGUGCACGGCCGACGGUCCCGUCACCUGCUUCAGCAUCGACAAAGAGGUGUUCGAGGAGACCAUCCCCGUCGAGCACUUGGAGCUAUUUGAUGACUCCAAGAUGCUGCAGGAGGCCCAAGCUCCCGAAAAGUCCAGUUUCAGCUCCACUCUGAGACUGAAGGACCUGGUCCCGGUGCUGUACCAGGAGGGCCGUUUCCAAGGGGACCCGGUCACCCUCGGGGUCGGGGGCUUCGGCCGCGUGGAACUGAUGAGCCGCUCCAAUCACGGCCACUUGUACGCCGUCAAGCGCGUUAGCAAGAAGCACGUCGUGGCCAAGCGGCAGGAGGAGCACGUCCUGUUCGAGAAGAAGAUCCUCAAGGCCAUCCAGUGCGACUUCGUUGUCAGGCUCCACGCUACCUUCAAAGACACUCGCUACAUCUACAUGGUGAUGGAGUUCUGCGGGGGCGGCGAGGUCUGGACCAAACUCAAAGAAGUAGGGCGUUUCGACGAGCAGACGGCGGCGUUCUGCACGGCGUGCGUGGUGGAGGCCUACGCUUACCUCCACAAGAAGAACAUCAUGUACAGAGACCUCAAGCCCGAGAACCUGAUGUUGGACGCCCGCGGCUACGUCAAACUGGUGGACUUCGGUUUCGCCCGAGAGUUGGUGCGCGGCGAGAAGACCUACUCCUUUGUUGGUACUCCUGAGUACAUGGCCCCCGAGAUCAUCAAGAACCAGGGGCACGACUUCGCUGUGGACUUCUGGUCGCUCGGCAUCCUCAUCUACGAGCUGCUGGUGGGAAGUCCUCCCUUUUCGAGCUCGGAGCCUCAGAAGAUUUACGCCAAGAUCCUGGACGGGGUGAUGACCUUCCCGCCGUACUUGAGCGAGGCGGCCAAGUCCAUCAUCAGCAAGCUGUGCAGACCUCGGCCCGGGCAGCGGCUCGGAAACACCAAGAACGGCAUCAAAGAAGUCCGACAUCACAGGUGGUUCGGUAACAUGAACUGGCACAAGUUGCGCAUGGCCCAGCUGGACGCGCCCACCGUGCGCCUCAUCCGCAAGGGUCCGUGCUACAUCAAUUUCGACCGCUUCCCGGAGGACCAGACGAAGGCGGACGAGGAGUUCUCGGGUUGGGACCGGGACUUUUGACCUGCCCGGGGGGGGGGGCAGAGGACAACCCCCCACCCCCACCCCCUUUCCAUCACGCAUGUCGAGGUGAACAACACGCAAGAGAACUCUUGCGCCCUUCGAACGGGUCCAAAGCAGAUUCUGGACCGUGCGAUGAGUGCCGGUUAAUCUUCUUCUGUGGAAAAUGGAUUCAGAUCAUAAAUAGUUGCUUUGUGUACUCCCGGCUGGAGAAUGAGCGCCUCGACUUGGCCCGGAAUCUACUUGAGUGCGCGCAAAGGAGUCAAACGUGUGCUUAGAAAUCAUCGAAAAGUCCAAAUGAAGACGCUUGACGUCAAAAUGAAUUAAGUUGAAUUGUCGCUCGCUAGAAACGGAUCACGUAAAACGAGAAUUGAAAUUUUGGCAAAUGUUUUCUGCGUACUUCAAAUAUUUCUGUUUUCGCCUCAGAUGAUCUUGAACACUUCAAAGUGGUUUUGUGUUUUUUUUAUUUUUUUUAAUUGAUCCACUGGAGAAAAUGAAUAUUGCAAUCCUUCAUUGAACAAAUGGACAUUUCCUUUCCUUGGUGUACAAAGUAUUUUCAUACCCUUCAGGUAAUUCAUCAAGGUAUUUGAAGUUAAAAAAAAUAAUAAUUUGUUUUUCUGCCCAUUUUUUUCUUUAUUUGAAUUUAAAAUGUAUGAUUUUUUUACAUUUGAAAUUUCAUUGUAUUUUUUUAUUCCUAAUGAAUUUGAAUUUUUCCAAUUUGUAAUUCAUCAUUCUCUCUUGAUUUUUUUAAAAAUUAAUUUUCAUUUUUAAUAUUGAAGCAUGUUUAAAUAUUGAUUUGAAAAAACAAAUCUGUUUAAUUUUGUUACUUUUUAGCAAUUUUUCUUUGAAUGCGAAUGAAAAUGUU